CCGAUCGUUUUGCCGCCAGGCCCCAGGCCAACCACCCUGUUUUAAAGGUGUGAAUGCACCAGUCUUGUCUAAAACCUCGUCGUCGUUGUUCUCCUGUUCUCGUUCGGAUAGCUUUUACUAAUUCCAAAUCAUCUUUCACUUGGUCCAACGAGCGGAGAAAUUCCCUCGACCAUCGACCGGCUCUCAAUCGUCUUUUCCCGAUCGCGAAGCACGGACAUGUUCGCUCUGCUAGUCCGCGUGUGCGUUACCGCCUCGUUAGCGGGAAUUGCGCUUGCCGCGUUACCCCCCUACAUCAAGCCCUGCAAGCGAUCGGAUCCUGAACUCGACUUAUGCAUCACAAAGGCGAUCGAAAAUCUUCGGGAAAAACUUGCCGUGGGUAUUCCAGAACUUGAGGCUCCAGCUAUCGAGCCCUUGAAGCUCGAUCAAAUAAGGUUGCUGAGGGGACCUCAGGGAGCAAGACUCGAUAUCAAUUUGACAGACAUUCAGGUAAGUGGCCCGUCAAAAUUCAAGGUUCGAGAUCUCCGAGCCAACGUCGACGACGUAUCGUUCACCUUCAAGGUGAGCUUCGACACACUCAGCUUUCGUGGAAAGUACCAAAUAGAUGCGAGACUUUUACUUCUAAGGCUGGCUGGUGCGGGUGAUUUAACCGGAAGUUUCAGUGGUUAUGACUCGGACGUUAUCCUCCGAGCUGAAAAGAUCAUCAAAGGCGACAAAGUUUACUUAAACUUCGAGAAAAUAAAGCUGGUCAUCAAAGUGGGAAAAGCGAACGUGUAUCUCAGCAACUUAUUCGGCGGUGAUCCAAUCCUCGGACCAGCGAGCAAUCAAGUGCUGAACUCGAACAGUCAUCUCUUCCUGGACGAAGUUAAACCGGUGCUCGAAACAGCUCUGGCUGAUGUGUUCACAGACGUCACCAACAAAAUCACUGGAUCAUUCACUUACGACGAACUCUUCCCGGAUGAUUGAAAAGACACAAAAAGAAAAAAAAAGAAAAAUUUGAUCACUAUUA